AUGGCGGCGGCGCUGCCCAAGGCCUGGAAGGCGGAGUACGCCAAGUCGGGGCGGUCCUCCUGCAAGUCCUGCAAGUCCCCCAUUGCCAAGGACGCGCUCCGCCUCGGCAAGAUGGUGCAGGCCACCCAGUUCGACGGCUUCAUGCCCAUGUGGAACCAUGCCAAAUGCAUCCUCAACAAGAAAAACCAGAUAAAAUCUGUUGAUGAUGUUGAAGGAAUAGAUGCACUUAGGUGGGAUGACCAAGAGAAGAUAAGAAACUAUGCUGCAAAUUCCUCGACUACUUCAACUGCAACUGCAACUGCAAGUUCCACAGCUCCUAUUUCUGACAAAUGUGCUAUUGAGGUUGCUCAAUCUGCCCGUGCUUCCUGUAGACGGUGCAGUGAAAAGAUUGCAAAAGGCACUGUUCGUGUUUCAUCUAAACUUGAUGGUCAAGGUUGGUAUCAUGUUAGUUGUUUCUUGGAAAUGUCCCCAACUGCAAGUGUUGAGAAAUUCCCAGGCUGGGAGACCUUGUCGCACGAUGAUAGAGGAGCUAUUAUUGAUGUUGUUAAGAAAGGUGCUGCCAGCAAACAAGAAACAUCUUCGAAGGGCUCCAAGCGCAAGAUUGGUGACAUUGAUAUGCGUAACUCCAAAGCUCCGAACUUAGAUGGAAGUACAUCUGAAGGUGCUGCACGAAGCAAAGGAAAACUUGUUGUACCAUGUGAGCCCAAUUCUAGUUCUGCUGAUCUGCACCAAAAGCUUAAAGAGCAGAGUGACACGCUUUGGAAGUUGAAGGAUGAACUCAAAAAGCAUGUUUCAACUGCUGAGCUGAGGGAUAUGCUUGAAGUUAAUGAGCAAGAUCCAUCUGGACCAGAGCGGGAUCUAUUGGAACGGUGUGCUGAUGGGAUGCUGUUUGGAGCGUUGGGCACUUGCCCAGUCUGUAAUAGCUGCCUAUACUAUUAUGGUGGUCACUAUCAGUGCAAUGGCCAUGUUUCAGAGUGGUCCAAAUGUACCUACAUGACAACAGAACCUGUACGCAUGAAGAAAAAAUGGAAAAUUCCUGAUGAAAUAAAGAAUGAUUAUCUUACAAAGUGGUUCAAGUCUCAAAAGGUUAAAAAACCAGAGCGAGUUCUUCCCCCAAUUUCACCUCAGAAGUCUGUAGGUCAAUCACCUCAGCAGUCUCUCGUCGGUGAAGCAUUGGAUAAGUUGAGAGUUUGUAUAGUAGGACAAUCUAAAGAUGUAGCUGAUGAGUGGAAGCAGAAGCUUAAACUUGCUGGUGCCCACUUCAGUCCCAGGGUUACCAAAGAUAUUAAUUGUGUAGUUUCAUGUGGCGGGCUUGAUAACGAGAGUGCUGAAGUCAGGAAAGCUAGGAGGCAGAAGAUACCAAUCGUCAGAGAAGAUUACCUUGGAGAAUGCAUUAGAAAAAACAGGGUGCUUCCAUUUGAUUUAUACAAAGUAGCGACUAUGUUGGAGGAGUCAUCAAAAGGUAGCACGGUCACUGUUAAAGUUAAGGGCCGAAGUGCUGUUCAUGAGGCUUCCGGUCUGCAAGAUACGGGCCAUAUUCUGGAAAAUGGCAAAAGCAUUUACAAUACAACCUUAAACAUUUCUGACAUGACACAAGGUGUUAACAGCUACUAUAUACUUCAGAUCAUCGAAGAGGAUGAUGGGAGUGAAUGCUAUGUAUUUCGAAAGUGGGGACGAGUUGGCAGUGAAAAGAUUGGUGGAAAGAAACUGGAGGAGAUGUCAAAAACUGACGCAAUACGUGAAUUUAAAAGAUUAUUUCUGGAAAAGACUGGAAACCCCUGGGAAGCAUGGGAACAAAAAACAAAUUUUCAGAAGCAGCCUGGGAGAUUUUAUCCACUUGACAUUGAUUACGGAGUAAGGGAAGCACCAAAACGGAAAGACAUGAGCAAAAUGAAAAGUUCACUUGCACCUCAGGUGCUGGAACUCAUGAUGAUGCUUUUCAAUGUUGAAACAUAUAGGGCUGCUAUGAUGGAAUUUGAAAUCAAUAUGGCAGAAAUGCCCCUUGGGAAAUUAAGCAAGGAAAAUAUCCAGAAAGGAUUUGAAGCAUUAACUGAGAUACAGAAUCUACUGGAUGACACUGGCAAUCAAGAACUAGCUCUUAGAGAGAGCUUGAUUGUUGCUGCAAGCAAUCGUUUCUUCACUCUUAUUCCUUCUGUUCAUCCACAUAUUAUACGUGAUAAGGAUGACUUGACAAUGAAAGCGAAAAUGCUUGAAGCUCUUCAGGAUAUUGAAAUUGCUUCUAAACUAGUUGGUUUUGAUGGUGACAAUGAUGAAUCUCUUGAUGAUAAGUACAAAAAACUUCAUUGUGACAUCACCCCGCUAGCUCAUGAUAGUGAAGAUUACAAGCUGGUCGAGAAAUAUCUUCUCAACACACAUGCUCCGACUCACAAGGACUGGUCAUUGGAAUUAGAGGAAGUUUAUGUGCUUGAUCGAGAUGGGGAAGGCAGCAAGUACUCAAGAUAUAAAAAUAAUCUCCAUAACAAGAUGCUAUUAUGGCAUGGUUCAAGGCUGACAAAUUUUAUUGGAAUUCUUAGUCAAGGACUAAGGAUAGCACCUCCUGAGGCUCCUGUGACAGGCUAUAUGUUUGGCAAAGGCCUCUACUUUGCAGAUUUAGUAAGCAAGAGUGCACAGUAUUGUUAUGUGGAUAGAAAAAAUCCGACUGGCUUGAUGCUUCUUUCUGAGGUUGCUCUAGGAGACAUGCAUGAACUGAAAAAGGCCACGCCAAUGGACAAACCUCCAAGAGGAAAGCAUUCGACCAAGGGCUUAGGAAAAACUGUGCCGCUAGAGUCGGAGUUUGUGAAAUGGAGGGAUGAUAUCGUCGUGCCUUGUGGCAAGCCAGUGCCAGCAUCUAUCAGGGCAUCUGAGCUUCUGUACAACGAGUAUAUAGUCUACAACACAGCCCAGGUGAAGAUGCAGUUCUUGUUGAAGGUCAGAUUCCGUCACAAGCGUUGA